UUAAGGAGCCCUCCGAAAGUAGGAGACCUCGAACUCCGAAGUGAGGACGCGAGAAAGACCGCCAGUGUGCGCCCCUUUUUGGUCCGUUGGUGACGCUUUUUCCGGCGAAUUCCCUUCAGGAUUAAUAUCAUCGGUUUGAUUCGAACUUCGUUUCUGAUUUUGCUUCAUCAGCAUUCCGUCUAGCAUGAGGGCUUCCAUUAAUAGACCUCCGACGCCCGACGCUGACGAGGAUCGUGAGCAGAAACCGACUCUUCAGGAAGUCAUUCAUAUCAAGUUGAUUGAGAGUGGAGAAAAAGAAAGAUUGAAGGAGCUUUUGAGGGAGAGGCUGAUUGAGUGUGGAUGGAGGGAUGAAAUGCACGCCUUGUGCAGGGCUUUUGCGAGGAAAAAGGGAAGGCAGAAUGUGACUGUAGACGAACUUGUUCAUGUGAUCACUCCGAAGGGCAGAUCCUCUGUGCCAGAUGCUAUAAAGGCAGAGCUGUUGCAGCGUAUUAGAACCUUCCUAAUGAACGUUCAUGUUGAUUAAAAGCCACGGGUUGGAUUUACAGUAAUCUGCACUAGUCGAAUGCGAUUUGUAUGACAAUACCACCAGAUUCCUUCCUCACAUGCAUAUGCUUAGGAAAAGAGAUGAAUUUGUUUGGCAUGGAUGCUACGUACAAGGGGAAGCCGUUUCAUUGCUUUUGUAGGGAAGACCUGUUGUGAACGUUUCUUUAUGUGAUUCUGAUAUGAAAAAUUCCCUACUUUAGAGCUC